AUGACUGAUGGAUACCCACACGGUCUCGUAAGCGAUUUUGGCGGACACAUGAAACACAAACCAUCGGGACUAGACGGCCAGAAAGCCGUGUGUCUCAGCCCUCAGCAAGUGGCACCUCCUACUAGUGAAUGUCUGGUUUACACCUUCGGUAUCAAUAAUGAAUGGUCUUUCAACAUUCAUAUUGAACGCUACGGCUGUCAAGUUUACGCUUUCGAUCCGCCAAUGAAGGCGAACGAUCGCGAUGGCAGUGCAGCCAUUAAUUUCCUGAAACUCGGGCUCCAUAGCCGAGCCUAGAAGAACAAAAGAGGAUGGCGACUCCGCUCGCUCACAUCCAUCUGCAAUAUGCUGAAGAAACGACAUGGUGAAAGGGUCAUAGACUACCUAAAAGUAGACACCGAGAAAGACGAAUGUGAAGUCAUUCCUCAGAUAAUCAAAUGGGGAAUGUUGGACAAAAUUGGUCAGCUGGCCGUAGAGAUACAUUUAGAUCCUUUGGAUUCUUUGAAGCGGAUUCGCGAUCGUGUCCGUAUCAUUCGCUCACUCGAGGAAGCGGACAUGGUGCGUUUCGAUUCCAAGAUGAAUCCUUGGUUCACCGAUACGUUCAAGCUGAUCGGCUUGACAGGUAUACACUCAUUGGGCUAUGAAAUUGCUUGGUACAACAGCAAAUCUUUGAACGGCGAAUUGUAA